CGCGGGAGGCGCUGAUCCGUCGGACGGAUUCAGGGCGAGACUGCAGACGUCGUCGAAUCUGGAUCUGGAUGCAGGAUGCGCAUCAGAAUGACAACAAACCUCCUUUCCCCCUCUCUUUGCGACUUAUCACUGAGAGCAGUUUGACUACUGAGAACGACGCCUCACAGAUUCGCCGUGACAGACGCUUGUUGAUUUGGUUUCUUCGGCGAGCCCAACUCAGCCCUGACAGGUGUGACCGCCAUGUCCGGGAAGGAACGCAGCCCCCGCCAUCGGCCAUGGUCGGUCUACCGGGCCAACACGUUUGAUCUCUCAGCUGAGAUGAUGGGGCUGACUCUGGCAGGCAACAAUCAGGAUCCAGAUGAGCCUGUGCUGGAGUUUAGUGUGGCCUGCAGCGAGCUGGUUACUCCGGCUCUGGACCGGAAACCAUCCAGCUUCGUGGCGGUCAGCUGCACCACGCCGCCGCAGGCUUUCUGGACCAAGCACGCCCAGACGGAGAUCAUAGAGGGAACCAGCAACCCCAUCUUCCUGAGCAGCAUCGCUUUCUUCCAGGACUCUCUGAUCACCCAGCAGACUCAAGUCAAGCUUUCCGUCUACGAUGUCAAGGAUCGCUCGCAGGGCACGAUGUACAUGCUUGGUUCAGCCAUGUUUCCUGUGAAGGAACUGCUGCAGGACAAACAUCACCGACUCCACCUGACUCUCCGGUCAGCGGAGAACGAGCGCGUGGGGAAUAUCACCGUCAUCGCAUGGCAGAUCGAGGAGAAACGUGACCAGAGAGCUCCUGCUGCGAGGUUACAGAGAGGAGACACCGUUAACGGAAGAAUGGUUCUCCCUGUUGAUGCCAGCCUGACUGAGUCCAUGGCCAUUAAAUCCAAGUCGUCAUCUCUGUGCAAAGAUGCACUGUUGAAGGCUGUGUUUAGUAGUGUCAUAUCCCGAACGUACCGGUUCCCCACCACAGAUGGUAACCACCUGCGGAUCCUGGAGCAGAUGGCUGAGAGCAUGCUCUCGCUGCACAUUCCCCGACAAUUUGUCAAACUGCUACUGGAAGAAGACGCCGUCAGGGUGUGCGAGCUGGAAGAACUGGGAGAGCUGUCGCCGUGUUGGGAGAACCUCAGGAGGCAGAUCAUCACUCAGUACCAGACCAUCAUCCUCACAUACCAGGAGACCAUCAGCGACCUGCAUGAAUACAAAGGUCCAUCGUUUAAGUCCAGCAUGCUGAAGACAGAGAAGAAGUUGGAGUUUAUUCCCACUAACCUGCACAUCCAGAGGAUGAGAGUGCAGGGUGAGUCUGGCUGUGACCGAACAUACGACAUUGUGACUAUCGGCGCUCCUUCUGCUCACCAUCAAGGUUUUAAAGGCUGUGGUGUCCGAAAACUGCUGCACAAACUGGAGGAAGCCAGGAAACACGCUUACGAGGAGGAGAGCUCUGCUGCUUCGGGCUCCAGAAGGACAGCUGCUUACCUGCCGCAGGACGUGCUGAAAGCCAAGGAGCUGAUUGGUCAGAUCAACACCCUGAAGACACAAGUGUGUUACUACACUGAGCGUCUGUCCCGAGCCACCAAAGAUCGCUCUGCCAACGCACUGGAGAGAACCCUGACCAUCCUGACAGAGAAGACCCGUCAGCUUGUGAACGUUUGUGACUCCAAGCUCCUCUCCUCUGCCAUCUUGGCCCUAGCCGCCGCCCGCCCAGAAUUCGCUCAGCGAAGCAGCCCAUCGGCAUCCUCGUCCUCUCUCUCGCCAUCCUCUCGCUCUCCAUCACGCUCCCCCUCCCAUCACCCCUCCUCCCCGUCUCGUACCGCUACCUCACCAUCUCGCCAUGCAGUGCCUUCGGAGGGCAGCGAUGGAAGUAAAAACAAGCGCAGCUCUUUGCAGGUUGACUGGGGGGAGGAAGACUGGGACAGGGUUCGGCUAAAUGUUGACAAGAGCCUGGAGUGUGUGAUCCAGAGCGUGGACCGGCUGUUGCAACGUGGCAAACUGGAGAGCGACAGCAGCUCUGAAGACGUUUUCCUGCUCGCCAGUGAGGACCCGAGUCAGUCUAAGAAGGGAGAGUGGAGUGAGGUUCUGUACCCGCUCCUCGCCACGCUGACUGACUGCGUGUCUUUGAUGAGUGACAAAGCCAAAAAGGCCAUGGUGUUUCUGCUGAUGCAGGACAGCGCUCCCACCAUCGCCAUGAGCAUCAGCCUGCAGUACCGCCGCGAUGUUGUCUUCUGCCAGAUGCUUACAGCGUUGAUCUGCGGCUUCAUUCUUAAAUUGAGGAAUUCUCUGUGCAACUCAGGCUUUCUCAGGCAACUCCACACCAUUGGAUUACUGGUUCAGUGUGAAGGACUGCUCAGCACCUAUGGGGAGGAGCUGGCCAUGCUGGAGGACAUGAGUGUUGGCGUGACAGACCUGAGGAACGUUACCUUCAAAGUUACACAAGCAACUUCCAGUUUCAGCCCGGACAUGCUACCGGUGAUCUCCGGAAACAGGAACGGCUUUACCAUCAGGGUUCCCCUGCCAGGAGCCAUGUUUGACACGUUACCGCGGGAGAUCCAGAAUGGGAUGCUGCUGCGGGUUCAGCCCGUCCACUUCAACGUGGGGAUCAAUGAACAGCAGACGUUAGCUGAGAAGUUUGGAGAUACGUCACUGCAGGAAGUGAUCAACAUGGAGAACCUAGCUCGCCUCAGCUCCUACUACGACCAGUUUAAAGAUGUCCUGCCAGAGGACUGCCUGCCUCGCUCCCGGAGCUCCACCAGUCUCCCUGAGCUCCUCAAACUGUUGAGUCAGAACGUCAACAUCAAGAAAAGCAAAAACGUGGAGAUUCUGUGGCAGGCAGCCGAGGCAUGUCGUCGUCUGAACGGUGUGCGUUUCACCAGCUGUAAGAGUGCUAAGGACCGCACAGCCAUGUCUGUGACCCUGGAGCAGGGUCAAAUUCUCCAACAGGAGCACGCUUUGGCCCCACAGGUCUUCUACCAGGCUUUGGACUGUAUGCGCAGUGAGGGAUGCAGGAGAGAGAACACCAUGAAGAAUGUGGGAUGUCGUAAAUAUGCCUUUAACUCCCUCCAGCUCAAGACAUUCCCCAAACAGUACCGCCCACCAGAAGGGACAUACGGCAAAGUCGAGACCUAAGUGGAUUCCUUCACCUGUGUCGGAAAACACGAAGGGACUGAGAGGGACAACAACUAAAGCAUCAAACAAUUAAAAACAAGUCAAAAUGAAGCCGCCCUCAGUUUUGUGUUUAGCCACUGUUGAAAUGAUUAAGUUCCAGUUUGUGUUUAGGUUGUUUUCUCCUCUCAGUCUUACUGCAGUCACAGUCUUUUCUUGCCUUCACAACCAUAAAUGGUGAGGAUAACGAAUUCUGUCUUAAAGAGUAACGCGCACGCAGUCAUCCCUGCAUGCUGCCGUACUCGAUGUAGCAUCAUCAAGCAUACAGCGCCUUGAUUUCUCACUCUUAAAUAAGAUGUGCAGGUCAUUCAUUAGAGACACUUAUAAUGCACAAAGUCAGGGGUGCAGCCAGGAAUUUAUUUUGGGGGUGGGGGGUUGGGAAGAGGAACUGUCCACUAGAUGUCUCCAUAAAAGAGUUUCAAGGGUUUUGAAACACCAAAUGAAUUUCUAAAAUAAUUGUUCCAUUCAGUGUUUUGAGGAUUAGCUGUCUUUACACAAAUAUUUAACACCAAUAAUUUGAUUAUACAACAGAGAAACUGAGAAAAGAUGUGUGAAACACAAAUUUGAUGACCCCAGUAUUUGUGUUGCAUUCAUAUAUAAAUGUUCUCUUAAUAGAAUCAAAGUGUUCAGAUUUUUUCUCCCUUACUUUCAGACUACUGCAUUAAUUCGGGUGUGACUCAAGAUAUUUCACAUAUUCUUUCAGAAUAUAUAUUCAGCACUGUGCUGGUUCCUUCAAAGUUAAGUAUGUGUUCUCAUAUAUGCAGAAAUUUGUGACUGGAACUGGCUUCAUUAUUUCAGCCUGCAUGUUUUUUUAUUAUUAUUUUGCUUUCUAUUAAACAAUUAAGCACAUUUUAAAAUGCAUCUACACUGAAGUAAAAUAAUGCAUAUUGCAUUAUUGUAUCGAUAAAUCUUCUGUUGUCACUUUAUCACUUCCAGGAUGGUAUAUUUUACUGUAAGAUACAAAGACAGUGAAUUUUAUUUAAAGAAUUUUGUUUUUCUGAUGCGGUGUGGUUCAAGUUGACAAAUGCUGUUUUGACUUUUUUUCAUAGUUAUUUAGUAAAUUGUGUAACCCUCAUUCUGAUCAGAUGUGGUUGGAAGACAGACUCUCACAGAGAUACAAGUUCCACACUAAACUGUACAUUGAAUAAAAGUUUCUCGAACCUUCA